AUGGGCGAGUCUGGAGUUGGUGAUCCUUUCAUCAACGUUCGCCAGCAAGUCGGAAGCUCGGGGCCCUCAGCAUACCCACCCGUAACGUUCGCACGUUCGCACGUUCGCACCGUUGCAACUCGCACAGCGUGGAGUGGACUCUUGUGCUACCGCAAGGCGCCGGGGUGUCUGCUGGCUGCUGGCUGCUACUGUAGCUGCUGUCCAGUGUCCAGCCUCGCUGCCUCGGCCGAUGCCAGAAGAGACCACGGGCAGGAUGAGCGCAUUCAUUCGCUUUGUCAGUUUGCACGAAGCCGGACGGACCGUACUACAGCGCGAGGCUGCAAGGCCAGGGCCACUAGCCGUCUGCGAGACAACACACUGGACCCGAGACGUAUUCGGAGCAAUGCCCUAAGACAGAGAAGAGCGCCGUUCCAAGUCGCACCGUCGCACGACGAGAAGAGGGGAGACGGGACAGCAGCUCUCGACAUUUUUGCACCUCGAAAUGGCUUCCCCGCAGCCCUUCGACGCUCGGCCGCCCUCAGGAUCAAGGAAUGGCCGACUGCCAAUCUUUCAUGA